AUCAAUCUUACUUUUUGGAGCACUAGGUAUAUAUUUUCAACCACUGAAAUUCGACACAUCUAGAUUUAUUUGACAUUUUGAACAUGGUACUGCAGAAUAUUAUAUUUCUGUUGUUGAUAUCAAUCGUCACACCCGAUGAGUUGCCAUUUGAUCUACCGUCACUGAAGUUGGCGACUGAAACAUUGAAGUCGCAAGUUAUGGACCUGCAAGUACCUAAAACAAAGCACUUCUUUCCUCCGUUCAGAUGGGAUGAGGAACAAGGAAUGUGGCCCAGUGAUGUCAAGCUGAACUUCCACGGUUACCCAGAUUAUGUAUUGUUCAGAGAACUAUUUGGCAUAUUCGACAACAAUAUGUUCACAACCACCUACGUUAUGGCUUGCUUGGUCGAAGGAAGGAGGUAUAUCAAUAGCACAUCGUAUGGACCGACGCACGAAGAAAUGACAAAUGGUUUGAAUGCCAUUAAGAGCCACCAUGAUAUGAAUGUGAACUAUUCUAACUCACUGAUGACGUUCUGGCCUCAGAAAUACAAUGAGACACUCGGAGUCUAUAACAGUUACCCUAUCAAUCUCAAUGACCUCAUCAAAACGACUGACGCCAUGCCACUGAAUGCGACGUAUGAGUUCCUCGAGAAACUGGGUCUGAAAGAUGUUGAGGGGAUCAUCAAAGCCUUAAUGAGUAUCAGGGGUGGUUACACAUAUGCGUUUCACAUCCCCCCGGACUUUGAUGACACCUUCCUCAACAUUGGUCUCGGUUCCCUCCUCUCAGAGAUGUCCCAUCUGUACCCAACCUACGACAAGAUGUGGCGAUCCCACAACACCAAUCUCACAUCUGUGUUCGACGCCCUCAAGUAUUACGCCUACAGACCCUUCUCUGGGAACCAAAGGGUAAAUACCAUCGACUCCAGGACGUACUACUACCUCAGACAUUGGUUGGAGCAGGAGAAACAAGCCGGACACGAUGUAGCCUUAGUGCCAACAUGGAUCCAGGACACUGACGAGGUUCGCACUUGGUUUGACAAAGGAGUCAUGAUGCCCUACAACAUUAACAACAUUGACGUCACUGUGUGUGCCAACUUCAUAUUUGGCGUCACCAAUGGAAUCAUUAAUGGCCUCUUUCAACCAUCACUGUUGGAUGAUCCUGAAAUAAUGCAAAUCUAUAAUGAUACAUCGAGGAUGAUCGCUUUCCAAGUUCAGACUAACUUCUCCGACCGAGCAGACCUGGCGUUGACGUACUACCCCUCUGUCAUAGAGUUCUACUGGUUCGUGGCCAGGACGUACAACAAACUACAGGAAACUCUGGACAGGACGGGAUCGCUGCCACAUAAGGGCAUGGAUCAGGUUCUAGCGGACUUCAAGCGUGUACUGAGAACAUACGCCAGCCCCAGACUUGUCACCCAGGGCAAGAAAGGCUCUCAAGCAGGAUAUGACCUCAUAUACUAUGACGACUUUCUCGGCAAUGCCGAUAAAUCAUAUGAAAACCAAACUGUGAACAACGCGGAGGACCGUAUCUUCACGACUUCCAUGGCACUGAAUGCUCUGAUGACCACUUGGACCACGCAGGACCAGCACACCGAGAAGGUCAUCUGGGAUAAAGAUACACCCGCUAACGUAAAGACUACAGUCGACAGAAUCGUCAGCUGGUUGUACUACUUCGGAAUGUUCAGUGGGUUUGAACCAUGGAAUGCUUUCUUCUCCGGCUCCUACAAGGGACAUACAACAGAACCAUACUUCUAUCCGAUGAACCGAAUUGAGCUGUUCAAUGGCACAAGAAUCAACGACACAUUUCGUGCGCAUGGUCAUGCCAUUAUGGGGGUUGAAGACGUCAUUCCAGAGGAAGAAUAUGAACAGAAGAUGAAGCAUAUCUGGGGCCACUACCACACACCCACCGUCUUCCCCGGCUACAACGACAACGCCGUGUUCUUUCCCUUCUGGUCCUCAGACGCCUACACCUACGUCAUCCAGAUGUUGGGAGUUGCAAAGUACGCCAGGACUAUGGAUUAAUAGUGUAUCAAAUGGACAAUUUGAUUGAUUAAAUGUUGGUUGCAAAUAGUUA